GCACACACCUCUCCCCGCCGUGUAAUUCGAGGUGCUUGACAGCGCAUGUCACAUCACCGAUAGGAUUAUCUGUGUGCUAAUCACUGUCUUCUUCCUCGUACUCCCACCCAGCAGUCUCUCUCCCCGUUGUCUCCUGCGCACACCAGGUGCGCAAGUGCUCGUGAAAGGCGCCGGCUUUCUUGUCGGGCGUCGCUGUUACUACCUCUCAACCCGUGAAGAAGCCCUCGAGCGUGACAUCAAUGGCGACGGAACGCUUCGUCCUGCUCGUCUUCCUGUGCUAUCUGUCUUCCCAAUUCGCAGAUGCGUAUGAUCCGGUGGAUCCGCUGGGGAACAUCACCAUCAACUGGGAUUUUACGAGCAUGGACACUAAUCAGUACACGGUCAUGGUGAGCAUCCACAAUUACCAGCUGUACCGCCAUAUCGAGCGCCCGGGAUGGCGGCUGGGCUGGGCGUGGUCCGGCCACGAGAUCAUCUGGGACGUGAGGGGCGCCGAGACGACGGAGCUGGGCAACUGCUCCGGCGUCCACUUCGACCCCGGCCACCCUCCGCACUGCUGCGAGAAGCGGCCCGUCGUGGUGGACCUGCCGCCGGGCGCGCCGUACAACAUUCAGGUUGCCAACUGCUGCCGAGGCGGCGUGCUGUCGUCCCUCACGCAGAACAACAGCACGGCCACCGCCGCGUUUCAGAUGUCCGUCGGCGGUUUCGACCGCGACGGCGGAGACCCGAACGGCGACCCCGUGAAGCCGGCCAACUUCAGCCUCGGCGUGCCGGGCUACACCUGCAGCAACGCCACCCAGGUGCCCGCGACGAGGUCCAAGGUCGACGAGCAGCGCCACGUCCAAGUCAUGCUGACGUGGCAGAUCACCUGCUCGUACUCGCAGUUCCGGGACGGGCCGUCGCCGUCCUGCUGCGUCUCCCUCUCAUCCUUCUACAACAGCACCAUUGUGGGGUGCCCGCAGUGCAGCUGCGGCUGCCCGCGCUCUCCGUCCGCGCCGCAAUGCUUCAGGUUUUCAGGUCCUAGAUGCAUGAUUUUCACUGAAUUUCAGUUAAAAUUUGCUGUGUUUGGUCAGUUGUCAGUCAGAUUUUUCUUCAGCGACGGCGAGCAGUCCAAGCUCCAGCCUCUGCCUGACGCGGAUGGCAAUCCGCCGACGCCGGUCAUCCGAUGCACGGAGCACAUGUGCCCGAUCCGGGUGCACUGGCACGUGAAGCAGAACUACCGGGAAUACUGGAGGGUGAAGGCGUCGAUCACCAACUACGACAUGGUCAGCAACUACAGCGACUGGAACCUUGUAGUGCGGCACCCCAACCUCGCCAACAUCACGCAGCUCUUCAGCUUCAACUACCAGCCUCUCAUCCAGUACGACACCAUCAAUGACACGGCCAUGUUCUGGGGGAUCGUCAACUACAACGAGAUGCUGCUGCGGGACGGGAACGUGCAGACGGAGAUGAUACUGAAGAAAGACCCGAGCGACUUCACCUUCUCGGGGGGCUGGGCGUUCCCGCGGAGGGUCUACUUCAACGGACACCAGUGCGCCAUGCCCUCGCCUGACCAGUACCCUUCGCUGCCCAACGCUGCCUCUGACGUGCGCGUAUCCGCGGUGCAGCGGUGGCUCAUCACCGGCUCCUGUCUGCUCUUGCUAUCUAUGUUCCAUGUCGUGUAAGAUGCAUGGGAAGCAAAUCUCUGCUUAAGUUUCCCGUACAAGUUACACCUGGUGCAUGUGCGAGGUUCUCUGAUUUUGUAGCUGAUCUCUCUCUCUCUCUCUCUCUCUCUCUCUCUCUCUCUCUC